GGAGAUUAUCAGGAAUCGCAAAGCAUCUAGCUUAAUGGCUAAAGAGGGAAACUUUCUUCUUAUCUUAAUCUCAUGCUUAUUCUUGGGUACACCAAGUUGUUCUAGUGAAGAAAUUCUGUUUAAGCUGAUGCGAGGCCAGCAGCUCAGGAAUUGGGAGCAUCUACUAUCCGCAAAGGGUAUUUUCAAGUUGGGCUUCUUUAGUCCCACCUCUUCAACUAACCAGUACUUGGGGAUAUGGUACAGUAAACUACCACAUGAUCCCGAAGCUGUUUGGGUGGCAAAUCCUGAGAAUCCAAUCCUCGAUAAAUCUGGAGUUCUCAGCUUGGAUGGUGAUGGAAAAUUGAAGAUCACGCAUAGUCAAGGACAGGUAAUUCUUUUCGAUUUCAGUCAGGGAAGUUCACAUAACCUGACUGCCACUUUACUAGAUACUGGAAAUUUUGUAUUGGAACGAGUAAACUCUGAUGGAACAGGUGGCCAAAUAUUGUGGCAGAGUUUUGAUUAUCCAACUAACAAUCUAUUGCCAGGAAUGAAACUAGGAAUGAAUCUUAAGAAUGGAUAUAAUUGGACACUUAGUUCGUGGUUAAGCAAUCAAGUCCCGAUAACAGGGGCUUUUAAGCUUGGCAUGGAUCCUAGUGGUGCUGGCCAGUUGGUUGUCUGGCGGCGGGAGGAUGUCUACUGGACUAGUGGGGUGUGGAAAGGUGGAGAUUUUCAGAUGGCCCCCGAGCUCACAAGAACAGUUGAUCUUUAUCAGUUCAGGUUUAUUUCAAAUUCGGAAGAGCAGUAUUUCUCUUUCUCUGCUAUAAACAGUUCUACUCUUUCAAGAUGGGAAUUGAAUGCUUGGGGGCAAAUCUUGCAGUUCACAUUAGCUGCAGAUCGUACUACCUGGCAGCAGACUACCAUUGGUUCAUGCAAAAUUGAUGUAACCUAUCCUAAUGCUGUGUGUCUAGAGCAAAAGCUCUCCAACUGCAGGAAUGGCUCGGAGCUGUUUGUGCCCACAAGAGGCUACUAUAACAGUUCUGAAUUGUCAUACUCCAAUAACAACAUAAAUUUAGCUCUCAGUGAUUGUCACGACAGCUGCUGGAAUGAUUGUUCUUGCAUUGCCUAUGGAAGUCUCUAUCCUGAUGGAACAGGAUGUCAGUUUUGGAGAAAACAACCAAGUUUCGUCCAAAAUGAGAAAUUCGGAGUUGUUUACAGCCUCAAACUUGGAAGUAGUAAAGAGCAAACAAAUGCAAAAGGAGGCAUGGGCAAGAGUUUUAAAGAGCGAUGGUGGUUAUGGUGCAUCUUAGCCAUUGCACUGGGACUUGUGGUGCUACUUUUGGGCUAUUUCUGCUACAGGAGGAGGAGAAAACUGAAAUCCUUGAUAGGCACUGAAAAAACAGACACAGGCCAACACAAGGAAUUUCUGGGGAUAAAAUCUGAAUUUUCCCCAAUUUACAAUCUCAAAAGAAGUGAAAAUAAAAGUCAAGCGUUUAAGUUGUUCAGUUUCUCUCAAAUAGUUGAUGCUACAGAUAACUUCUCAUUUGCCAACAAGCUUGGAGAAGGAGGUUUUGGACCCGUUUACAAGGGUACAUUACUGGAUGGACAACCAAUUGCAGUAAAAAGGUUAGCAAGAAAUUCUGGACAGGGGCUCGAAGAAUUCAUGAAUGAGAUUACAUUAAUAGCUGAACUUCAGCAUAUGAACCUUGUUAAACUUCUGGGUUGUUGCAUACAAGAAGAGGAGAAAAUGCUAGUUUAUGAAUACUUGUCUAACAAGAGUUUGGAUACUUUUCUCUUUGAUCCCACAAAAGGGAAAUUGUUGGAUUGGAAAAAACGCAUUGCCAUCGUUGAAGGAGUAGCUCAAGGGCUUCUUUACCUUCACAAAUAUUCAAGAUUGAGAGUGAUACACAGAGACUUGAAAGCUAGUAACAUUUUACUUGACAAUGAUAUGAACCCUAAAAUAUCAGAUUUUGGAAUGGCAAGAAUUUUUGGACACAAUGAAUCCAGAGCCAAUACAAAUAGGGUAGUUGGCACAUAUGGUUAUAUGUCCCCAGAGUAUGCCAUGAAUGGCAUUUUCUCUGUGAAGUCUGAUGUCUUCAGUUUCGGAGUACUGCUGCUAGAGAUUGUUAGUGGCAAGAAGAACACAGUGUUUCAUUCAUCAUCUACCUCUGCCGGCCUUAUUCAUCACGCAUGGGAUUUGUGGAAACGUGGUGAUGUUCUCGAGCUCAAGGAUGGAUCGCUGGAAUCAUGCCCCAAAAACGAGCUGUUGAGUUGUAUUCAGGUUGCUUUGCUGUGCGUACAGGCAAGUGCAGCUGAUAGACCUACCAUGUCGGAUGUUAUUUCCUCGCUUAAAAAUGAUGUUAUAUUUCUACAAGAGCCAAAAGAACCUGCAUAUGCUACUGAAAGUGAAGCGAACUCACCAUUUCCUGACGGCAAAUCAGGCAGUCAUUCGGUGAAUAACGUCUCUAUAUCCAUAAUGCAAGCCAGAUAGAGAUGUAAUUCCAAUUCUUUUCUUUUCUGAGGUGGGUGUCGUCAAGAAUUAGGUGUUUUUUCCUUCCAAAUUUCUAGAUAUCAUAUGCUUAGAAAUUUACCUUGCACAUGUCUUGACAUAAAUAUAAUCAAAUCAUUUUGUAUUUCUCAAAUGUGAUAGUUUGUUCGGGAAAGCUGAAACUCCGUCAUCCAAGGUGCUUUUGAUAGAUGAUGAACCUGAACCCUUAGCAUUUCAAUCAAAUACCGAAUACAAAAACGGAUUUUUAUUUAUGUAA